UUGGUGUACUAUGGUGGGAGGCCUCCUUUGUCCAGGAAGCCCUGGCGCCCAUCCGUCCCUCUUCGCCCGGUCCAUCAGCUUGAACUGGUCAUUCGGGGCAGGUGUGACGGGAACUCUUCCCUAGAGAAGCCCGCUGCCGGUGAGGCUCGGUGAACGUGCACCUGCCGCCAUGUCGGACAGCGAGGGAAGCAACUACUCCGACAAUGAGAGUGAACGCAGCUUCCAGGGCAGCGAGCACGCUGAGGAAGAGGAAGAGGAGGAGGAAGAAGAUGAGGAGGCUCGCAGCGAAGCCGGAAGCGGGGUUGGCAUUGCUGAAGCUGAAGAAGUGCCCGAAGGCGCUGAAGAGGAGCCAGAGCCUGAGGAAGAGCCAGAGGGCGAGGACCUGAAUGAGGAGGAUGAGGAGGAAUAUGAUGAGGAGGAAGAAGAGGACGAAGAAGAUGAAGCGAGGCGGAAGCGGCGCAAGAAGGCACGCUUCGGCGGCUUCAUCCUGGACGAGGCCGAGGUGGACGACGAAGUCGAAGAUGAGGAAGAUUGGGAAGAAGGGGCCGAGGACAUGAUCGACCCCCACCGGGCCACUGAGGAGACGUCCUCCAAGGAGCACUCCCACCGACGCCUGCAGAUGAUGCUCACGUCUCAGAAGGAAGAUGAGAUUGAAGACUACUAUAGACGCAAGUAUGCCGACACCACGGCGGCAGAGGGCGGCUACCGGGAGGCUGACGUCGAGCUCUCCGACGAGAUUGCCCAGCAGACUUUGCUUCCUGGUGUCAAGGAUCCCAACCUGUGGAUGGUCAAGUGCAAGAUUGGCGAGGAGAAGGCCACAGUGCUUCAGAUGAUGCGCAAGUUUAUUGCCUACCAAUUUACAGAAGAGCCGUUGCAAAUUCGCAGCGUGGUGGCUCCGGAGGGAGUCAAGGGCUACAUCUACAUCGAGGGCUACAAGCACACCCAUGUCAAGAAUUGCAUCCAGGGUGUCGGUAACCUGCGCAUUGGCCUCUACCAGCAGACGAUGGUGCCGAUCAAGGAGAUGACUGAUGUGCUGCGGGUGACCCGUGAGCAGGCACAGUUGCGCCCCAAGCAGUGGGUUCGCCUCAAGCGGGGCAUCUACCGUGACGACCUCGCCCAAGUGGACUACGUUGACACGGCCCAGGGACAGGUCAACCUCAAGCUGCUGCCGCGCGUCGACUACACCCGUCCCCGGGGGGCCUUGCGCUCCACCUCGAAUGAGCCUGAAAAGCGCAAGAAGUCAAAGCGGCCUGCGGCGAAGCUGUUUGACGUUGAUGCCAUCAGGGCGGUGGGUGGUGAAGUGACCACUGAUGGUGACUUCCUCAUAUUUGAGGGAAACCGCUACAGUCGCAAGGGCUUCCUCUACAAGGCGUUCGCAACAUCUGCCAUUAUUGCUGAUGGGGUGAAGCCCACGUUGUCCGAACUGGAAAAGUUUGAAGAGCAACCCGAGGGCCUGGAAUUGGAGUUGGGUGAGACCCGAAAGGAGGAACAGGGCCACUCGUUCGCACCUGGCGACAACGUUGAGGUUGCCGAGGGUGAGUUGGUUCACCUGCAGGGCAAGAUCAUCAGCAUCGACGGCAACAAGAUCACUAUGCUGCCCAAGCACGAGGAUCUCACGGACCCCCUCGACUUUCAAGCUCACGAGCUGAAAAAGUACUUCAAGAUGGGUGACCACGUAAAGGUUAUUGCCGGACGGUUCGAAGGCGACACUGGCCUGAUCGUUCGAGUGGAAGACAACAUGGUGGUCCUCUUCUCUGACCUCACCAUGCACGAGCUCAAAGUCCUGCCUCGAGAUCUGCAGCUGUGUGCGGACAUGGCAACCGGAGUGGAUUCCUUGGGACAAUUCCAGUGGGGAGAUCUCGUGCAGUUGGAUCCCCAGACUGUGGGAGUCAUCGUGAGGCUGGAAAAGGAGAACUUCCAGGUCCUCAACAUGCAUGGAAAGCUCGUUCAGGUGAAGCACCAGUCGGUGACCAAGAAGUGUGAUGCACGCAAGGCGGUCGCAUUGGACUCCGACCAGAAUCAGAUUCAGGUUCGAGACAUCGUCAAGGUUAUUGAUGGGCCACACUCGGGCCGACAAGGGGAUGUGAAGCACAUCUUCCGCAACUUUGCCUUCCUCCACUCUCGGAUGAUGCUCGAGAACGGCGGCAUCUUCGUCUGCAAGACGAGGCAUCUCCUGCUUGCAGGCAGCACCCGGCAGUCGACGGGCCCCACUAUGGGCGGCUACACGCCCCUCUCCCCCCGCAUCUCAAGUCCCAUGCACCCCUCGGGCGGGGGUGGGGGUGGGGGCGGCGGUCGCGGCGGGGGCUUUGGCGGUGGCGGUGGCAGAGGUCGUGGAGGCCGCCGAGACAGCGAGCUCAUUGGCCAGACCAUCAAGAUCACCCAGGGACCCUACAAGGGACACAUUGGCAUUGUCAAAGAUGCCACAGAGACGACGGCCAGAGUGGAGCUCCACACCAAGUGCCAAACCAUUUCUGUGGAUCGGUCCCGUAUUGCAGUUGUUGGGAGUGCGAGCAAAGGUGGUGGCGGAGGAGUUUCGACAUACAACAGGACACCCAUGUAUGGCAGCGGCAGCCAGACUCCCAUGUACCAGAGUGGCUCCCGGACACCCAUGUACGGCUCACAGACGCCCCUUUACGAAGCGGGCAGCCGGACGCCGCACUUUGGCGGCGGUCAGACACCCCUGCACGACGGCAGCCGGACGCCCGUGCACGGCGCCUGGGAUCCGACGGCAUCCAACACGCCAGCGCGGACGGAGCUUGACGACUACACGUUGGACGAGGGGUCGCCGUCCCCUUCGUACCAGCCGGCAACGCCCGGAUACCAGGCACCCGAGACCCCCCAGGGCCCGUAUACGCCCCAGACACCUGGCAUGUAUGGGUCCGACCACAGCUACUCACCCUCACCUACAGCCUACCAAUCAUCUCCGAGCCCCACCGGUUAUGUCACCACGCCUAGUCCAGUCACAUUCCAGGCGGGCACGCCUUCCCCAUCCACGUACGGGGGCUACAGCCCCACAACACCGGGUGCUCCGUCGCCGUUCAACCCCCAGACACCGGGUGCUGGCAUAGAGCAGCUCUCCGUGGAGUGGCAGUCCGUGGACCUGGAGGUGCGCAUCAAGGACACACACGAGGGCGAGGGGCUCAUCGGCCAGACGGGCGUCAUCCGGGGGAUCUCGGGUGGCAUGUGCUCGGUUUUCCUGCUCAAAGAGGACAGAGUUGUCAGCAUUCCGAGCGAACAUCUCGAGCCUGUGCCACCAUCUCUUCGUGGAGACAAGGUGAAAGUGCUGAUGGGAGAGGAUCGCGAGGAGACCGGGGAGCUACUCAGCAUCGACAUGCGAGAAGGUGUGGUUAAAAUAUUCAGCAGUGGCAAAAUAACGAUGCAGCCGCUACGGCACUUCUGCAAGAUCCACGAAAGCUAAAGACUGCUUUCCUCAUCAACCCGCCAUACUUUUGUUCAAUAUGUUCCCCACAUCUUUUUCUUUUCUUUGCCUUUCAAGUUCGUGCAGAUUCUCACCUCACAAGUCUCUGUUUUUCAGGUUUUUUUUUUUUUUUUUCAAUGCAUUGGGAAGUUGUGACGACAAUUAGAGACCGGUUUUUUGCCACUGUGAAGUGAAUAAAACGUGUUUACUCUGGUUA